UUCCUGUUAGUUUGACAGUUUCAAGUGCUUCAACACCGAGAGGACAUCCUCUGAGGAACUGCUUGCCAGUAUUAUCUCAACCUGAUUUCUUUUAGAAAUUUAAAAACAAUACUGAAAGCAUUGAAGAAUUAUGAAAAUCACAUUUUUCUUUGCUGCAUUGUUCUUACUGGAUCUCUUUGCUUGCUGUCAUGCUUAUCUACAAUAUCCCUUGCCUGACAUAGAAGAUGCAAAGUUCAUUGAAGACUGUGUGAGAGCUCACAACACGUUUCGAUCCAAAGUGAAUCCACCAGCCAGCAACAUGUUUCGCAUGUCCUGGGACACUGCUUUAGCUAAAACUGCCAAAGCAUGGGCAAAGAAGUGCAAGUUUAAGCACAACGUUUACCUUAAAAUGCCUGGGAGAGUGCAUCCCACGUUUACCCCUGUUGGAGAAAACAUCUGGACUGGCACAGCAACCAUCUUCUCUGUGGAUGCAGCUCUCAGUGACUGGUUUAACGAAGUCAGCAGCUAUGAUUUUGACAGCAACAAGUGCGCUGGCAUGUGUGGUCACUACACCCAGGUUGUUUGGGCAGACAGUUACAAAGUUGGCUGUGCAGUUCACUUCUGCAAUACAGUUGAAAAUUUUCCAGGACUUUUCAGAGCAGCACAUUUUGUUUGUGACUAUGGGCCAGCGGGGAAUUACCCAAGAAAACCAUAUAAAGUAGGUCAACCAUGCAGUGGAUGCAGCAGCGAUAAGUGUGUAGACAAGCUCUGUGCAAAUACAGAACGUGAGAAGCUGAUAAAUUAUGCCUACUGGCAUCCGGAGUGGGAUACACAGCCCCAGCCGCCACGGCCCCGGCCCCCCAGGCCUCCAGCACCACCCCACAUCCCACCUGCUGAGCAGCCACAUCCCUCUUGUGACCAAUACUGUCUUUGUGUUUCAAUUUUAAGACCACUGGUUUUGGUACUGAGUAUUGGUGCUGUUCUUUUAGUACAAAAGUGGUUUCCACAUACUUUUUUAAUGAGUAAUGAUCAAUUAAGGUACUAAUAAUGAUCUUACUGCUCUGUAUUACUCUCAGAGAAUUGCACACAUAUAAGAAAACACUUGGUCAUCUCUCCAUUAUCCUAGUGAUGUUUAUCCACCAUAGGAAAGGCUUCUUCUCCACUCAAGGCAGAGUUAGCAUAAUUUAUUGGCAGUAGCUGCACACGCUUCUAUGUCUGUACAAGCCAUUUAUAUCUGGUUCAGUAGAUUGAUAGAGGGACCACAUAUAGACUAUAUAUUACUAUACAUGCUAACAAGCCUCCUGGAAACCUGGGGCAUCACAAAGACAUGUCUGCAGUGGCACACUGUAUCAGAAAGAAUAACUCAUCUCCAUUAACCUUAAAUUAUCCCAAACAUUGUUUUCCCCAGAUAAUGGAGAUCUAACUAUAUGAAUUAUUUAUGAACAGAAGGAGUAAAGCUUGUCUUUUAUUGUGUUUAGCCUAUGUGUAUAUAUCAGUCUUCAUUAAAGUUACUCUGUUGUCAGGUGUA